GGAAAACUCGGUGUAUUUCGUUUAUGUUUAUUGGUUUCUCUGUCAGGGGAAUCUCACAAAACUGAAAACGCAAAUGUUCUCUUUGUCCACAUGAAAGGAAGAGGGAGAAGAAAGAAUCGAAUUCUGAGUGUCUCUCUCUUUCUCUCUCUAAUCUGAAUGUUAUUCUUCAAUGGAUUACAGCAGAUGGACUGAAAUGCAAUAUCCUCAACCUACAAACCCUAAUCCAUCAUCGACAGACCCUUAUGCUAGAUUAUACGAUGCAGACCAGUCUUUCUCCUACGCGCAUUACCCCUACAAUCCGCACCAAACCCAUUCACUUAACUUGACAGACCCUCAGACGCUUCUGAAAAAUCACGAAUUUUCGUCUACCCAGUACGAAGUUGGCCCUGAACCUGGCCUUCGUCCUCCAGGAAUCGACUCCUCCUAUGCUUCCAUUAAUCCGUACCAUCCUCCUCCUCCUACCCAUCUUGGUUUGGAAGGCCAGGCAUCCGUCACGUAUGGUCACCAUGCGGUUCAGAUGGGUGCAUUGACAGCUGCAGCUUAUUAUCAAGAAACAAGUGCUGCCGUGCCGAAUUGGGCUGCCAAAGAGGCUGUUCGGCAGUUUGGCGUGGAUCCUGUCAGCUACGCCGCUGCUGGGUUAAGACCAACUAACUGGACAGAGCCACUGCGUGCAGAAAAUCACAAUCCCUUUGGUUGGAGCAAGCCAAAGACGCGUCCUGCUUUGAAUGGCACGUGGAAGAAGGGUAUAAAGAAAACCAAAGUUGUGCAAUCCGCAUGGUGUGAAAUCUGCAAGGUCGACUGUAACACCAAGGAUGUGUUGGACAAACACAAACUGGGAAAGAAGCACAAGAAGAACCUCGAGAAACUGCAACAAUCAAAGAAGGAAACCAAUGCCCCAGUGGCUACAGCAACACCGGCAGCAAAGGAUCCUGGGAAAAAAGACAACCAAGCAGCUUACAAGGGCAAGACUCUCAGUGUGCAACUCUGUAGAAAGAAGGGAGCGCCAUAUUUGGAGACCGGGGAGGAUCUGGAGACAAAAAGGAGGAAAGUAGUGGAAGGUGGGGCAGCAGCUGAUGCAGUGAGGGUAUGCACUGUAUGCAAUGUGGUAUGUAAUAGCCAGACGGUCUUCGAUUACCAUCUGGCAGGGCAAAAGCAUGCUAAUCUGGUGAAGAAACAGGGACUAUAGUUGGAACAGUGAAUCCUGAUCCUGGAAUGGUUACUGCUGCCUAGUAGAUGAACUGCCCUGAAAGGGAAGGAAAGGAAAAAAAAUAUGAAUGCCAUUAUUAUAGUUAUUGUCAUAGACUAGUUCUUUUUGUUUAUUUUGGAAGUUUAAUUAGGUUAUCUUGUUUGAGUCUUCCAUAUGGGUCUCUUUCGGUGAAAGAUAAUGUAACUCAAAAAGUCUUCAAAUUCAUCACUAUGAAGUAUGAACCUCCCUUUUCAUAAGAGAGGAGCAGGCGUGCAGCUCCGGUGAUUUCGAGAAAGAGACUUGGGUUUGUGACAUUAUUAUUAGGGAAAAAGAAGCUUGAAGACAGU